AUGUAUGCAUGUAGAGGUGAUACGAGGGCAGUGGUCGGAGCUCGGGCUGGGGUUUGGGCUCGGGUUUGGGUUUCUCCAGUUUCAAGAAGUGCGUCAGCAGCAAUGGCUUUGCAGUUACAGGAUAUACUGAACGACGAGACCACGAGGGAGGUGACGGGCAGCCCGCUCUCGCCAACCGCAAGUUCAGACAGCUCACAGCAGCAGCAGCAGCAGCAGCAGCAGGAGUUCGCCUGCAGGUGGGAUUCGUGCAGCGAGAAGUUUAUGCAGCCGGAACUGUUGUACUCGCACGUCUGUCAGGACCAUGUGGGCAGGAAAUCCAAGAAAAACCUGCAGUUGAACUGUCAUUGGGACCACUGCGACGUGAAAACGGUCAAAAGAGACCACAUCACGUCACACGUCAGGGUGCAUAUCCCGUUGAAACCUUUCCAAUGCUCAAACUGUGCCAAGAAGUUUAAGAGGCCCCAGGACUUGAAAAAACACUUGAAAACGCAUCUGGAGGGCAACGAGCUUCUAAAGAGGAAAAGAGGACCAAAGACAGGUAGCAAGAGAGUGGGCAAGGCCGGGGCCAGUGCUGCUCGCGCAAACUACACGAUCAAGCCCUUGGCAAGGUUCGUCGCAGAGGACUUGCCCCAUUUGGACCCGUCCUUCAACCCACAGUUGGUUACCCAGUUGCAAAGGUAUCUACCCCUACCGUCACAGGGACAACCACUGCCCACUGGAGUCCUCUACAGGAAAAACUCCUUUUCUUCAACGACCUCUUCCUCAGAUGUGUCGUCACCAGCGUCCUCGCCCACAGCUACACAUCACAUCACAAACUCAAGCGAGUCGAGUCCCUCAGACACAUCGCUCUUCAACACGAUCAACUCUAUGCCAAAGGAGAACGUCCAGACAAUGGCCACUUUCUUCAACAAACUGUCGUAUAACAUGGGUCAACAACAGCAGACGGUAGGUAACCAGUACUACAGGCAAGUGAUGAUCCCAGUGCCCACUGUGCCCCGUCUGGCAACCAUAUCGGCAACCACCCCACCAGUUCUAGAAAAAUACCCAACGAUGCAGCAACUACCUCCUCUGUCGGCAACAGCAGGACCCAUCCCAUCGACAAACCCACCAAUGAUGAACACGUCACAAAAAAAUGUCACAGUACUCCCCCCCAUGUCAACGAUGCCCCUCUUGACCUCACGGUUCAACUCGCAGCCACAGAUGUCGACAAACGUCAUGCCGCCCUUGAACAACUCCAAUGGAGUCGCAUACCACUACAGACCAUUCAGCAUGUACCAGAAGAGCAACGGUCAAACUGAGGCGUGCGUCGAAGAGGAGUUCGAAGACAUAUACAGCGCAGUCAACCUCAUCAGAGACUACCUAGUAUGCUCUCUGCUGGAGGAGGAAGGAAGUGACGAAGAAGAUGUGCCCGACGAGACAAGCACAUCUGAAAUCGAAGAUAUGAUGUCGAAGAUGUCUGUUUCCAGUACGGGACGCCUGAAAUACCCAAAGAUUAGAGUAUGA